AUGCAAAUUAAACCGAAAGAAACUCUUCGUGAAUACUCGACCCGCUAUUGGGAGUGCUUUAAUCUGGUAGAUGAUACUUGCAAUGAUUCUAUGGCCAUCACCGUCUUUAAGAUGGGAUUGCAUCCUGAUAGCCCCCUCCGCAGUUUGUUAACCAGGUGUCCCCCCAAAACCGUCUGGGCAUUAAUGAAAAAAGCCGAAGAAUACUACAAAGUGGAAGGCGAUGAUGCCCUUCGAGUCAAAGCCAGACGCAAAGCCAUUGAGACGGUCACAUCGGGAAUUGUUCAGUUGAUUAGCGCAGUGCCGGCAAGAAGCCCCAAGCGGCAGAAUCGACCUAAACGAUAUAAAAGGCAUGACUCGUGUCGAUCAAACGACCAAUGUUCACAUCGAGCUAAUGAACAGGAUCAAGUGGAUAGCAGGCGCACAAGGCAUUCAUGCAAGAAAUACACGGAGCUGACAGAGCUGAUCAAUAAGAUUCUGUUGAAAGUACAACACAUUCCGUUCUUCAAGUGGCCGCCCAAGAUGACGGGGCCUCCUGAUGCGAGAAGACAGGAUAAACGGUGUGAAUAUCAUAAAGACCAUGGUCACGACACUGAUAGUUGUUAUUCAUUAAAAGAUCACCUUGAAGAGUUGGUGCAAGACAGUCGUCUUACGCAAUACGUCUAG